UUGCAUUUUGCAUCAAAUUCGUAAAUGGUGAGAAAUACGAUUUUUAAGUGAAAUACAAUAUAAUUUCUAAUAAUUCAUUUAUAUUUGGCCAAGAAGCAAUGGCGUCUUUAGAUAUUUUAGCGCCACAUGUGUCGAAAAUUAAGAUACCAGGUGCACAGCAGAUGGUCUACAAAGAUGAAUGUGUAUACUCCUUUGACAAUCCGGAAUCAGCGACGGGAUUGUAUGUAUCCCUGGUAUCUUUUCUUGGAUUCGGUCGUAACUAUGUUGAACAGUACUACCAGAAGACCGGCAAUGCUGUAUUCUUGCACAUACGCAGAGAGAAAAUACCUAUUCCAGAAGCGGAGAAAACUGGUGAUGGUCCUGAAAAGAAGAUAACCCGGCUGGCCAUCGGUGUGGAGGGUGGAUUCGACCCUGACUGCGGCAAGUCCAAGUAUGACAUAGUGGACCACUACAGUGUCGUCGUGCUGCCCGGCUUUCACACGUUCCCGUGGCCCAAUGACAACCUGCCCGAAGUGGUAAAGAAAUCAGUGCAAGCUGUGAUAGAUGCGGAGUCGCCUUUCAAGAUGGCGGAGAUGGCAGCCAUGGAGGGCACUUGGGACGGCGAGAAACGGGAAAUAUCUGUUCACGCGUUAGACUUGAAGCAGCUAGACAACGGAGUGCGCGUGCCGCCGACCGGUUGGAAGUGCGCCAAGUGCGAUCUGACCAACAACCUGUGGCUCAACCUGACGGACGGCAUCAUUCUGUGCGGCCGACGGUUCUUCGACGGAUCCGGUGGCAACGACCACGCGGUGCAACACUACCGCGAGACGGGGUACCCGUUGGCCGUGAAGCUGGGCACUAUCACAGCGGAGGGCGCCGGCGACGUGUACUCGUACGCGGAGGACGACAUGGUCGAGGACCCGCACCUCGCCGCCCACCUCCAGCACUUCGGCAUCAACGUGCGGCAGCUGCAGAAGACUGAAAAAUCUAUGGUGGAACUGGAGUUGGAGUUAAAUAAGAAGACAGGGGAAUGGAACACCCUGCAGGAGUCGAGCAGCGAGCUCAGACCUCUGCAUGGUCCCUCACUCACCGGACUCAACAAUCUAGGCAACUCGUGUUACAUCAACAGCGUUGUACAGGUUCUGUUUCGGAUACCGGACUUUAUCCGUCGCUACGUGGAGGGCGCGCCGGAGAUAUUCGCGACGUUUCCAGAAGACCCCGUCAACGACUUCAAUGUUCAGACGGCUAAACUCGGCGUGGGGCUGGUGUCGGGUCGCUACUCCAUCCCCGGGGAGAGCGGGGGCUCUCAGCCGGGGAUUUCCCCCCACAUGUACCGCCAACUCGUCGGCAAAGGGCAUCCGGAGUUUAUGAGCAAGCGGCAGCAAGACGCCCACGAGUUCUACCUGCAUCUGCUCACCUUGCUGGAGCGUCACAGCCGUCACUCGCGCGACCCGGCGGAGUGUCUCCGGUUUGCGGUUGAGGAGCGCGUGGCGUGCGAGUCGGGCGCGGUGCGGUACACGACGCGCGCCGAGCGCCACCUCCCCCUGCCCGUGCCCGUCGCCGCCGCCACCAACGCGGACGCCGUGCGCGCGUACGAGCAGCGCCGCGUGGACCAGCGCCUGGAGCCGGGCGAGCUGGUGCGGCCGCACAUACCGUUCCAGGCGUGCCUCGACAGCUUCAUGAAGGAGGAGGCGGUCGAGCAGUUCUACAGCACGGCGCUCAACAAGAAGGUCACCGCACGGAAGAUCACACGGUUGGCGACUUUUCCCGAUUACCUGCUGAUACAACUGAAAAAAUUCACCAUCAAAGAGGACUGGACUCCCGCCAAACUUGACGUCUCGGUUGAUAUGCCGUGGGAGGUGGACCUAAGCUGCCUGCGGGGUCGCGGGCCGCAGCCAGACGAGACGCUGCUACCGGAGGACUCGCCCAGCGCGCCCAAGCCCGUGUACGAUGAAACGCUCUUAGCACAGCUGAUGGACAUGGGUUUCCCGGUGGAGUCGUGCAAGAAGGCGCUGUACUACACCAACAACGGCGGCAUGGAGGCCGCGUCCGAGUGGCUGAUGGAGCACGUCGGCGACUGGGACUUCGACCAUGCCUUCACGCCGCCCGGCACGGCACCAGAGGCGGGCGCGACAGCGGCGGUGGACGAGGCGAGCGCGGCGCAGAUCAUGUCCAUGGGCUUCACGAUGGCGCAGGCGCGGGCGGCGCUUACCGCCACGGCCGGCGACGUGCCGCGCGCGCUCGACUGGAUAUUCAGCCGCGCGGGGGAGCUGGAGCCCGACCAGCCCAAACCAGAUAGGACGAUGGGCUGCAGGGAUGGGCCAGAGAAGUACAAGCUGAUAGCGUUCAUCUCUCACAUGGGCACGUCGUCGACGGUCGGUCACUACGUGUGCCACGUGCUGCACGAAGGUCGCUGGGUGAUAUUCAACGACAACAAGGUGGCUCUCUCAGAAAACCCGCCAAAGGAUCUCGGCUACCUGUAUCUAUACGAGAGGCUGUGAUACGCGCCAGAGUUUACGCCGGCCAUAGUGAGCUCACGACCAAAAUGUCUGCGGCUACGCUAGCACACUAAAACUACAGUCCAAAAGGCGAAGCACAAAACUUCAUAUUCAUGUAACAAAAGUAAGUGAUAAUACUUUAGAAUUUGUAUGUGUCUCUUAAAUAGAGUUGACU